CUCUUCCUUUUCCCCUUGUCCCUCCCUCUCCUUCUCCUCUCCCCUCCGAUUCUUCCACCUUUUUCCCCCAUGGGGCGCGCUACGAUGAGGUCUCGAGGUGGAUUAGCCCCCCCCACUCCCGCCAGCCGCCCACACCUGCGCUCGACGUCAGGUCCGAGGCCCCCCAAAUCAUGUUCACGCCGACAUGUAGUUCUGUUUAUCCUCCUGGAUCCUAUCGCCCAUGUACCCCCUUUGAGAUUGACAUGCAUCUGCUGAGGGCCUCGCGGAUACUGUCAACGUGAAUCCUUGCGAGCACUUUUACGGCUUCUGUAUUUUCUUGGCGAGUUUGAGUCUCACGGCUAAGGUUGUCGGCCUGCAUGCGAGCACCGCGUUGGUCUGUUUGAUGUCCUGGUACGUCAUACCCGUGCGGCCCGCAGCCUCUUCAACUGUGAGUUGAACUUGCACGUGCCCUUGAUCUACCCCAUGUUGUCCAAGGAGCGCGAGGUGCCCCGCCAGUUCCCGGACUGCAACCACGGGCUGCUGACGAGCCUGUGCGACCGGCUCGGAGGCAGCUUCCGUCCAAGCAGGGACCUCGAGCCGGAGGCGCCGCGGCCCGACAAGAAGUGGUACCAGCUGACGGAGUCCUUCGACCAGCCCGAGGCGCCGCCAGCUCCAGAGCGCGUGGCGUUGCUGCCUUCGCCAUGGGCAACUGUUGCCUUCGCGGGGAGGGGGUGCUGUUCACCGCGGCCGUCGCUAUCGAGAUCUACCACGCGGGCGGACUGCCAUCCCUGGCGGACGUGUCCAGUCUGUUCAGGUCAGCGCUCGCGCUGAUCCAGUUCGCGGUCGCCUGCGCGGCCGCCCACAUGGCGGCGGCGGUGCCCCCGAGGAGAAGCCCCUGCCGCCACGGCAGGACGGGGUGCCGCGCGCAGAGAAGCCGAGGCCGGCAAGGAGCCAAGCAGGCGCCGUCUUGGAGGUCGCCCCGAAGGACGGCCCCAAGUCCCAGACUUUGCGCCAGCGCAUCAGCAACAAGGGCGUCUGGAAGGAGAGACGCUCCGGCCCAUCCAGGGCGAGUCCGACAAGCGCGGGUGAGGGCGCCCUCGCGCCGCGGGCGCCGCGGGUGGCGGCGCGUGGCCCGAGAUGUCGGGCACCUCUCGGGGCGACGGUGGCCGGGGGGGGGGGCGACUCUACCCAUUGGCUGCAGCGUUCGUGCUCGAACAAGCCAGAACGUGCAACGCGCAGCAGCAGCAGCCGUGGGGCACACGGGAAGAGGGAGAGAUGCAUGGAGACGUAGAGAGGC